AUGGGCAUUUCGAGUCUGUAUAAGAACCUAAUGUUCACAAAGGGGUCUUCUUCGACCAUGCCCGGGAAGAAUGCACCAAAUGCUAAACCUCCUCAGUCAAUGAGCACUCUAGCGAGGUCGAUUAAUGAUGAAUUUUCAGAUUACGACGACGAGGAACAAGAAGAUCAGGACGACUUGAAAGAUGGUAUGAACCAGGGUGGUGAAUAUAUUAGAGGAAAAGGAGCAAAUGAAGAAGUUCCAUUGAGUUGGCUUAAUACACCGGUAGCGAGUAGUGGAUCGUCGUCCUACACUAAGAAAUAUGGUAUUGGAGCUAAACUAAUGAUGAAGAUGGGGUAUGUGGAAGGCACCGGGUUAGGAUCAGAUAAAAGAGGUAUAGUAAACCCAAUUGAAACGAAGUUGAGACCACAAGGGUUAGGUGUUGGUGGUAUUAAGGAAAAAAUACAAGAUUUUGAUGAAGCUAUGAGUUCGAGUGAUGAAGAGAAACAAGAGAAACCAGAUAGAGUGGAGCCUCAGUUAGAUAUUUUUGAUUUAAUUGAAGAUUUGGAAAUGAAAGGUGCAGAUGUUCCAAUGAAGUAUAAGGAAUUGUCAGACAAUUUUUCGAAGCAACCUAUACGACACGGGAAUCAAGACUUGUCCAGCGAGUUGACGAAUGCAUACGAGAAAUUAAACAAAAUAAAUAAUGAGUUGGAUGAUGUAAUAAAGGACGAAAGGUUCCACGGAUUUCAAUUGAAAGAAAUGGAAGCCCGCUUAAGUUCACAAAAUGAUGAAUUAAUUCAAAUGGAAGGGAUUGUGGAAGUAAUAGAGUCAUUCAAUAACGAAUAUAUGUCGCUUUCUGACGAAGAACAAAAGAUUGCUUGUGUUUCAAAUACGUUGAAAAAGUUGGUAAGCCUACCAUACUCUGCAUUCAAAGGAAUUCGGGAAACGUUUGUUUCAAUAGUUUCACCAAUCACGUCCGAAUUAUUCCAGAAGUAUUUUGAGGAUGCAAUUGAUCCGACCCACUUACUCAUAAAUAUAAUGUCUGACUGGGCUUACAUAUAUCGUGAAAUUGAGAUAAUUGAUUUGAAUCAAUUGGGCCAUUGGGACUCCUUAAUUUACUCCAACAUUAAACAGAAUUUGAAAUUUAUAAUUGAUGAUAAGACAAAUACAGAUACUAUUCACGGUCAACUAAUGGAUUAUUUACAGAUCUGGAUAAGUGCUCCUGUGUUGAUAAAUCCUACAUUAGCAAUAUCGAACAAUUUGACCAACGAGGUACUAUUGCCCUUUCUUAAUCAAAAAUUGGAAACAUGGUCGCCUGGCAAACACUCGAAUAUGCCACCCCAUAAUUUUAUUAUGGAUUAUAUAUCUUUGUUAUCUCUAGAUGAGUCGCUGAUGGUGGGCAGGACUUUAAUUCGUACAAUAUUUGAGAAAUAUUUGAAUUUUGUGAUGCAUGGAAGUGGAAGCUCAUUCUGGGAAGAAUAUUUAAGUGUUAAACAAGGCAAAGAGUAUUACGAGGAAAGCAUUGUUUCCGAAUUAAUACUAUUAUUUGAAGUAUGGAUUAUUAUUUUCGAUGAAAUACUCGGCGAGGGAAUAGUCACAGAGAUCCAGAAUGCGUUGAAAAUGUCCUUUUGCACCUUUAUGUCUACGCAUGAAGAUCUUUCCUGGCUAGGGUCUAAAUUAGAAUUUGCAAAGUUAGAGCUUGUUUUUCUGUUGAUAUUCAAAUUCAAGCAACACCAAUUAAUCAAUGGACAAGAAGCAGUUGUUCUUUUGCAAUUCAAAUUCUUUAAUCCUUGGAUUAAAACCUUAGUUGUAUGGUUGCAACUGGUUGACUACAGAUCCUUGCAAAUAUCACAGUGGUAUCAAAUGUGGUAUGACUGGUUCUGCAAUUCUGCUAAGGAAUACGACUUCGUUGCAUCCUCAAUAAUUCGUAUGGUUGACUGGUAUUUCAAUACAGGGUUACAAAUUAUUGAAGAUAUAGUAAACGAGAAACCAGUAUCGUUACCGAGACUACCAUCUUAUGAAAAUGAUUCGUUUCCAGCCAACAAAAAGAUCUAUGAAUUAAUGUUGAAUGAUGAUGCAUACGAACCAAAUAAUAUAGAGUCAUCUUCCGUAAACGUGGAAGGGAUUCCGUCUUAUCAGUUAUUGACAACAUUUAAAGAUAUUGUUGUAUCUUACUGCAUGCUGAACGAUAUUUUAUUCUCGACAAUCAAGAACAAGCAUCAUCCUGAAUUAGGUCUUCCCUUAUAUAAACUAGAAUCUAAAUCAGGAAAGAAAUACUCGUAUAUUCAAGACGAUGUUUUAUGGAUUUCUACCAAUCUACAAGAUCCUGAUAAAAUCGACUACCAGCCAAUUAGCCUUGACGACUUGACUAAAUAUUUCUGA